GUGCAGCGAGAGGAGACAUGCUGUACACAGAGCUCACACUGAAGAUGAUCACACUGAUGUGGAUCACAGUGAUGAUUUUUAUUCAAACUGAUUCUGCACUGAUAAAUGAUCUCAAUCAGCCGAACCCAGUGAUCACUGCUGAUGUUGGUGAGAACGUGACUCUGCGCUGCUUUAAAAAGCGAGAGGAUAACCCUGAAACCAUCAUUUGGUUCAAGCAAAAAAUUGGACAGGAGCCUUCCCUAAUGGUCACAGUUCAACAUGAACCCAAAUAUAAAGAUGAGUUCAAGCCGCCAAAAUUCAGCAUCGAGAAAGAAGAAAAAACGGGCUUCCAUUUGAAAAUUGUUAAUGUGGAACCAUCAGAUGAAGCCUUGUAUUACUGUGGACUUUUGUAUUAUUGUGGACUUUCAACAAGUUUUGGAAAAGGAACCUUUUUAUCAGUGAAAGGUGAUGGAGAUGUAAAAGUGUCAGUGAUCCAGAGCGGCGUGUUGGACUCGGUUCCUGCAGGAGCGUCAGUGACUCUGCAGUGCUCGGUUCUCUCUGAGAGCAGAGCAGCAGAACACCAAGUGCUCUGGUUCAGAGCUGCUUCACCACAAUCCCAUCCUCAAAUCAUUUACACUCAUCACAACAGCAGCCGUCAGUGUGAGAGCGGCUCUUCUACACACACCUGUGUGUACGACUUCUCCAAGAACAUCCUCAGCAUCAAUGAUACUGGAACUUACUACUGCGCUGUGGCCGUGUGUGGGAAGAUCAUUUUUGGGAACGGGACUCAAGUACAGUUGGAAAAAUCCUGGGAUCCUGCAGUGAUCUUUCUCGCUGUAGCUUUGGGAGUGUGUGUGUCUCUGAUCUUUGUUCUUGUUUUCAGCUGUAAAGGGAGAAACUGUCAAUAUUUCUGUGGGAGAUCUCAAGACUCUGUGGUCAAGAAAACACCAAAUCAGAGUCGUGAUGCUGUAGAGCUGAACUUUGCUGCCUCACACUUCAGUAAAACACGAGGGAAGAGAGAACGAGCUCAUGAUAAUGUGUACACUGACGUGAUUUACUCUCCUCUUUCUUAGGUCAUAAAUAUUGGACUGUGUCUAAUGUUCAUUCCUCUCAUACUUUUAAUCUUUAGCCUGAUUGGAAAUCGAUAUUAACAUGAUGGAACAUUACAAGGUGAUGAUUAAAAACUAAAUGUAAUUGAGGUCGAGGUCUCUGCAGGGUUACAGAAGUGUGAAGAGAAGAAAAGACUGUUAGACACUUUAUGUGUCUGUUGCAGUUACAGUACAGAGGAUCAGGACAAAGCAUAAAACCUUCAUCACUGAAUUUUAGCGACGAACAACUAAUGUCUGUUAGUUAGCAUGUUAGCCAGUGUGCUAUGGGGGUAUAACAGAAAAUCAUGAUCAGUGAUAUGGUUGUACAUUAAAAAAAUAUUUCUUAGUAAAUAAAGAACUUUGUGUGAAA